AGACUAGUCCAAUCGUCCUGUGACAGCCCGGAGUCGAGGAAGAGCGGAUUAGUGGCCAAGGCCAAGGCGACCAUUGACAUUAUCGAGAGGUCGUUCGCCAACUGCACGUCCAGUUCCGAGGAGUCCUGAAGACGCAGCAACUGCCGGCACCAUGUCUUCCAGGCGAGUUCGCCGCGCCGAGAGCGACCGGGGCAGGAGCCCGGCUCAGGCUCAGCAGCAAGUCGAGCCGAACGUCCAGGCCCUCAUGAAGCAAAUUUCCGACGUCGUUAUCCAGCGGCUGGACAUCAAGUACGCCGAGAAGUGGCCCAAGGAGUACGACCAGUAUCUCGCAUGUCCCUUCCGGAGACGCAACCCGGACAGAUAUGCCCACGUCCUCGACUACGCCUGCACCGGCCAUGGUUUCAAGAAUAUUGCCGAUCUGAGGGAUCACAUCAAGCGGGUACACAGCGACAAGUACGGCUGCUCCGAGUGUAAGGAGCGGUACCAGUGCAGGGACAACAGCUUCGCUGCGACCGAGAAGAAGCACAAGGACGAGUGUAAACAGGGCGCCAAGGGCCUGCUGGACGUUAGCCACUUCAAGCCCGAGUGGAUGACGCCUGAGGAGGACAGGCGCUACUUCAAGCUCGACUUCAGGAGGAUGUCGGGCCUGAACGCCGAGGAGCAGUACUUCAAGAUAUGCGAGGCCAUCUGGCCCGGAUUCAGUAGCCGCGGGCUUAAUAUCUGGAGCAAACCGGGCGAUACUGUGGCCAAGUGCCAUCUUGCCGAGGUCUUGCAGGACCCGGACCUCCUCGCGCAAUUCCUCGGCCCCCUGGCUGAGAUAGCGGCGAGCAGGCAUGGGGCCGGGGCUGGGACCGGCAUUCAGCUAUUAGACGGUCGACAUGACCAGAUGUCGGACUUUUACUCUACCGAGACAGCCCAGUUGAUGAUGUUCAACGGCGGCACGCAUAAUAGCAACAACGGGAUGUUCGUACCUGAUUUCUCAGACCAGUCUCAGUGGACAUAUGCCGACUCGACGCAGGACGAACUCCAUCAACUCGGCCGGAUCGCGUUGCCGGAGGUCUACACCGACAAGGGGACGAAGGACUCGGCGUACGAAUCGUACGAGACGGAGGAUGACCGGCUCAUGAUCGAGCCGCCAAUGUCCACGUCCAUAUUUGACGGCGAGUACAACUACCUCUCCGAUCUGGCUGUCCGCGGGGAACUGCAGCGGGAGUUGUAUCUUGUGGAUGAGUUUAAUGACCUGGACAUUCACAUGGGGGUAGAUGCAUGAGAAGGAAGGAAAACAAAGGGA